GCAAUUAGGCCCAAUCCGCCUCUCUCCUCAAAAACGCACCUAUAUCUUCCAGAACCCUAAGGCGACAGCGACAAGGUGUGAUUUGGAGCGCUUCGCGCCAUAGUCAGUCACCUGCUGUUGCUGCCCACAAAAGCGCAAAAAGGUUUACAUUGUUCUUGGAUAUACGCUCUGCUAUGUCAGGUACCAUGUAUCCCUCAAGAAGCCUGCGUCCAGGCCAAGGAAGUCGGGCACGAGGUUCUCGCCGUGGACGGGGCGCGCCCUCCCAUAAUCAGACUGCGUCGCGAAACCACCGGAACGAACGAGAUCACCAAAACCUCAAUACGCUACUGCAUCCAGCGUACUGGUGGCAACCUACAACGACGAUAGUUCAGUUCAACGUUCACCACCAUGUGAGAAUAGAAGAAAAUAGUCAGGUCGUGCAGACGCAUUCAAGAAUGGGAUAUUGGCUAGGCAAUGAGUUUGUACCUACAUCAAGCACAAUAACUACGACUGUGUCUACUGAGUCGCAUAUCAUGGACCACGGGUCAUCGCCAGGGGCGUACACUCCAGCUAGUGAACCACCAGAGCCAUGGCCAUCCCAUGCGGGCAACGAUGAUUUCGACAAUGUCGGCGCACAAUUUGCUGAUGAGGGCACUCCAUAUCUAGCCGCACGCGAUAGGUCAGGCGGCUAUACUGGUAUACAGGACGAGUGCAGCCCAUAUCCUCUCGUCAUGGUUGUUGCUAAUGACGGCAGAGCUGGAGGCUUCGAUCCAGCUGCGACGUCAGACUUGAACAAUGAGAAUGAGAUUGGCUUCGAUCGAGCGGGUAUACCGCCGUCCGAUCCCUCCAAGGCUUAUUUGGAGUCAUUUUCUGAUGAAGCUUGGCUUCGUCCAAUUCCGCUACGCAUACGGCGUGCGUCUACAUUCCCGCUAUUGGGCCAGCAUGAGGAGGAUGUUGUUGAGAAUCUGGCAGACAACCUCGAAGCUCUGCAAGUAACGACUGGUUGAAGUCGUUACCCUUGGUUCCUAUAUUUCUAUUCAUCCAUCCAUUGGAGAGUCGUUUCGUGCGAGGCAUUGGCGUUGGCGUUGGGAAUACUGGAUUGGAGACUGGUAAUGGAUAUACGCGGCAUAAUUGCAGCAAGAUUUUGCGCUGUGCAUUAGACAGGUGUUUACAUGGCAAAAUCACUACGUCAGGUCUUAGUGCUGAGAGAUGAGCGUUCCGCACCCAGAUAAUACAGUUCAAAAGAUGAGGGACAAAGGUCCACCUUGCGUCUUGGCCCUUCGGCGAUCUGCGCGAUACUUGACGCGUCCAAACGGCACAUUAUCAUACUAUCAAUCACUAUUUG